AUGUCUAAUUCUUUAUACUACAACCUUUUAUGCCAUUGUAUUCUAACACAAGUUGCUGUUAUCAAUUUUUCAGAAGCCUAUGAUCCUCUUGAUCCAAAUGGGAAUAUUACAAUAAAAUGGGAUGUCUUGAGCUGGACCCCUGAUGGCUAUGUAGUUGUUGUCACAAUCUACAACUACCAGCGGUAUCGUCACACUCAAGCACCGGGUUGGUCGUUAGUAUGGACAUGGGCAAAGGACGAGGUGAUAUGGAGCAUGAUGGGAGGCCAAACAACAGAGCAGGGAGAUUGUUUCAAACUGCUGCAAGGGGGAGUUAUCAACUCAUGGGCUCAAGAUCCAGCCAAUGCAGUAAGUUCCUUCCAACUUAGCGUUGGUUCAGCUGGAACUAGUAAUAAAACAGUCAGAUUGCCUCGAAACAUCACUCUGAAGACACCAGGGCCUGGUUAUACAUGUGGUCUUGCAAAAAUUGUUAAACCUACUACAUUUAUAACUGUAGAUAAAAGGAGAGUGACACAAGCUUUGAAUGAUACUACCAUGCUGUGGGGAAUUAAGUCCUACAAUGAUGUGCUGAUGCAAGCUGGUCGUUCUGGUAAUGUUCAGCUGGAGUUGCUUUUCCGAAAAGACAAGGCACCAACUUUUACUUCCCAGAAGGGCUGGGCCUUCCCUCGGAGAAUCUAUUUCAAUGGUGAUAAUUGCAUCAUGCCUAUCCCAUGGUUGCCUAGUGUAGAGUUUGCCAUCUUAAUUAACCUCCUACCUUAUUCUAAUAAUGGCUUUUCUGUCUGCCAAUUGCAAAGUCAAUGUCCGAAUGGGAUGACAUUCAGCAUUUCAUUGAGAUCAAGAUGUUUCUUUAUUAUUUCAGUGUCAUUUUGUCACUUCUAG